AUGGAGACAAUAGACGACAUCAUCGACGCGAUUGAGACACCCGAUGAUAACGAUCUCCAGGAUACCGAAAUCGAAGAAGAAGUCGAAGAAGUGGUUAGAUCAAUGAUGUUGGUUAUUUGUGGUGAUGCGUCGUCCGGCGGAGACGCCCCAUCGACAGAGUUGCAGCCUGUCGAAUCCACUGCAACAUCUGAAGGCGGACCUCUGGACGCGGUGCAGGACGUUAAUGAAGAGCGAACUCCGGCUAAGGGAGCCGAAGUGUUCAACAGAUUCGGUGAACUAGUAGGUUGGCUAGAUCCGGGAGCAACACCCGUGCAAAGCGCUCCACGACGGCUGAACCCGUUUUCGGUGACGUGGAAAUGCGUCAAACGGGUUGUACGUGGAAUCUGUUGCUGCCGAUGUGAAGGCGUCGACUAA